AUGAAUUAUGCUUUUAGCUACAUGGAUAUUUCGAGUGACGACAUUUUGACCAGCAACGGAAAUAAGGUGUUUAGUGCUGAAAAUGCCAAGCAUGGCAUAUGUGCCAAGAGUGAUCAAAAGAACAAGGUAGAAUUGCUUCCAAAAGAAAAUUCAUCUUUAUUUUCAAUAAAAAGAAUGCGUACAGGAAAAUUGCGAGAUGGAGCAAGAAGAAAAGAAAAAUCAGAGAUCAAAGAGUUGGGCAACGACAAUGAGGAAAGAGGCAGUUCGAUGCAGUUCAAAGCAAAAGAUGCUUGGAGAAUACCAAGAGGUCAUAAAAAUAGAGGAAAAUACAGCCCUAAAGAUCCGACGGAGAGUGGCCAAAAGGAUCCAUAUGGUGUACGACGAUAUAGUAAAGAGCAUUACUUUGAAAUGUUUAGAGCAAGCGAUGAAGGACCUGUUGAAGACCCUAGACAAACAGAAGACCCUGUUGAAGAGUUGCAGGUUGCAGAUCAAUGUAGGGUAGUAAAUGACGAAGAAUACGAAGAUGUUGAGCAAGAGAUGUUUCCAAGAACCUUGUACGUGGCCCCUUGCCAAGGAGAACCGGGAUUCGCUAAAGAAUAUCCAAGAGACACGCCAAAUGAGAAGAAAAUUGAAGGAAAUGAUGAACAAGUCACAAGAAUGAAAUCUUUAGACAACCGACAUUCACUAGCCAGUACUGAAUCAGAAGACCUGUUGGAAAGCCAGUCCAGUAACAUCGUGUUAGAAUUUCGAAGCAGCUCUUACUGCAUGACAAUUCAAAACGGCAACAAGGAGGGAGAAGGCUGUGGCACACUUACAGUUGAAGACAUUGAGUAGCGAACAAAAAACUUAAUAACAAUUUGUAAUAAUUUAAAAAUGCAUUUAAUUAUUCCUUAGCUUUUAGCUCAUUAUCGUCGCAAAUUUUGGAAUCUUUGAUAUUUUUGUUCAAGUUUAUCUGUAGACUUCUGAUUUAGUUUUAAAUAGAUAUACCAUGGUUGCAAUCAUUGUUGAACGGCUUAGUCCGAAGCUGAAGAAAAGCAAUAACUAUAUACAAAGAUGCCCAAAUAAAUUGAUCUUAAGAUUUGAGGUUAGUACUAGAUUGCCAUUCAAAACAAUCUAUACACGCAUUAUACAGAUAGUCUACAUAUGCCUGUGGUAUAAAUAAAUAUACAGAAAUUUUGAUAAGAAAAUAACUUUUAUCUCACGUCUAUGCCUUGAGAAGUGUUAGACGGAAAGUACUUUAGUGCGUUACCUUUCGCGUUUACUGUUGGUUUCAAAUUUUAUGGCACCAAAGGCUAAGUUAGUUAUAUAAGUAUAGAUUAAGGAUAAAGAAAAUAAAAUAUUCUUGCUGAGCUUAAUUUGGAUCAUUUUAA